AUGGCAAAAUUGAUUGUUGUAGUCGGGGCAACUGGCGGACAAGGAGGUGGAGUUGUGAAUGAGUUCCUUCAAAGCCCCGAAUAUCGCGUGCGAGGUAUCACGAGGAAUCCCAGCAGUGAGAAAGCGAAGGCUCUCGUCGCCAAAGGGGUCGAGGUGGUCGCGGCUGACUUGAACGAUGAGAAGAGUCUUGAGAAGGCUUUCGAAGGAGCUUAUGCUAUUUUCGGAGUUACCGACUAUUACGAUUACUUCUUCACCAAGGGAAAAGAUGCAUCUAUGGAACUCGAGUUCACUCAGGGCACGAACAUGGCAAAAGCCGCAUCCAGAGUUCCGACUCUAAAGAGAUACGUUUGUAGUACCCUUCCUCAUACCAGCAAGAUCACAGAGGGCAAAGCAAUUGUUCCUCAUUUCGAAGGAAAGGGUCGUGCUAGUACAUUCAUCAAAGAGAACUUGCCAGAAUUAUAUGCCAAGACAACUUUCACAAUCUUCACAAUCUUCGCCGUCAAUAUGCACCACUACCCAAUCUUUAGGCCUGUCUACCUGGCGAGUGCGCAAAAGUGGGUGCAAUUCUACCCUACUUCGCCUGACUCUCCAUAUCCAUGCGUCGGGGAUCAUGCCACAAACUCUGGCAUUUUUGUGCGAGCCAUUGUUGAAAGGCCUCCUGCGGAGGCUGGAACCUACGUGAGAUGUAAUGUUGAAGAUUUGACUCUGGAAUCGUACCUCGCUUUGUGGGGAAAGGCGAGUGGGAUUUCGCCUGCGCCAAAUUCUACGAAGGUGGUGCAAAUUUCGGUCGCCGACUAUGUCUCUCUCUGGGGUCACAUGGGGGAAGAGCAAUCAAGUCAGUGGGUAUUCUUUGAGCAUUUGGCAAAGAUGAGGCAACAGGGUUUGAUUGGGGAUGACCUCCCCGGCGCGACUAUGGUAGAAGGCGUGUCUUUGCUGUCUGAAGAUGAGAAAAAGGGGCUGAAGAGUGUCGAGGCCUCUUUGGGGGAACUAGAUUGGUCUAGUAUCAUUGUCCGCAGCUCUUUGUAA